CUCAGUCCUGCCUACAUAUUGCUCAAUGUUCUCCUUGAACAGCCCCAGGUGGACUCGCCCGGCGUUAGCCGGUCAUCGGGGAGGGCUCAUGCAAACUGGACCUUCCCGAAAUUCUUUUGCUGGGUUCUUGUCUCGUAAUAGAUCCACCAGGGCUCCAGCCUCGGUGAGGCAAGUGGCGAUACUCGACGUUUCCGGCGAGGCCGAGCGAGAUCAACUGUCAUGUACCCCAGACGGGACCGCUCCGAGGCUCCACGACUCCACGAGGCUGGCAUCGUUCGAUUCCAGUCGAGCCGCAUGGUCCCUGUUCAAAAUGUCCGAUCCCGGCGAUCGCGGCGAAAAGUGCCGCUGCUGCGUACUUAGGCAGCAUGCAGCAUGAGACGAACUGGCUCCCUUUAAAUUCGAACUGUCCCUGGCCACGAAUUCCCCAGAUUUCGCUCAAUUCGGUAGGAUCCGACAGCACCGUUCAACACCUUUCAGCCUCCGAGUGCUAGGCCUGUCGGGCACUCCGCCACAGCCUCAAGACGCGGACAAGGCCACAAGCCGAGGACCUCCACUUCAACGUUGGGAUUCGAUCUAAACCGCGACUCACAAAAGGGAGGAGGAGAAAACGAAUUCGAAUACCCAGCUCUACUAAUUACCCUACAUCUUGGGGGUUCCCUUGGCUGCCCGUCGCGAUCAUGGUGUCCAACGCCCCAGUCACUGGAGUCGACCCAGAGGUUCCCUCUGAGAAAAAGAAGGGCGAUGUGCAGAACAAGUUCAACUCGGACGACUCCAGCACGCGCAUAGAACCAGUCCCUGCCACCUACCCCCCGGACAAGGAGGAAAAAGAGGGCUCUGUGGAGAUCAACUACCAUACUCUCACCUGGUGGCAAGCUGGUGUAGUCUUGAUUGCCGAGACGGUGUCUUUGGGCAUCCUAUCGCUGCCCGCGGUAGUGGCAACACUCGGACUCGGUCCCGGAAUCGUCGUCAUGGUAUUCAUGGGCCUGAUGGCGACGUGCUCGGGUCUCGUCAUGGGCGAGUUCCGGAAGCAGCAUCCCUGGGUGCAGAGUUUCGGCGACGCCGGCGAGGUCAUUGGCAGGUCGAUCGGCAUGGGCAAGUUCUUUCAGGAACUGUUCGGCUGGGCGCAGACCAUCUUCCAGAUCUUCGUCAUGGGCAGCCAUCUCCUGACGUGGACCAUCUGUCUCAACACGCUGACCAACAGUGCUGCGUGCACCAUCGUCUGGGGCGUCGUCGGCCUGGCCAUCUUCUGGCUGCUCAACACGCCUCGGACCCUGCGAGCGGCGGGCUACUACUCGUUCGCCUCGUUCGCGUCCAUCUUCACGGCCGUCAUGGUCACCAUGAUCGACGUCGGCAUUGAGAAGCCCAUCGGCACCACGAGCAUCGAGGCAUCCCGCACCAUCGGCUUCACGUCGGCCUUCCUGGCCGUCACCAACAUCGGCGUCGCCUUCAGCGGACACUCGUGCUUCUUCAGCGUCAUGUCCGAGCUCAAACAGCCCAACGACUGGCCCAAGGCCCUGAUGCUGCUGCAGGUCUGCGACAUGGUCCUCUACAUUGUCGUCUCGGUCGUCAUCUACGUCUACGUCGGCCCCGACGUGCCCUCCCCCGCCCUCUCGGCUGCCGGUUCCCCCGUGGUCCGCAAGGUCAUCUGGGGUAUCGCGAUCCCGACCAUCGUCAUCGCUGGUGUCAUUUACGGCCACGUCGCGGCCAAGUACAUCUUUGUGCGCGUCUUCGCCGGCACAAAGCACGUGGUCAAGCGCACGACGCUGGGUGUCAUCGGCUGGCUGGGCAUCACGGCGGCCACGUGGAUCAUCGCCUGGGUCAUCGCCCAGUCCAUUCCUGUAUUCAGCAACCUGCUCGGCCUGGUGUGCGCCCUGUUUGCCAGCUGGUUCUCGUACGGCAUUCCCGGGUGCCUGUGGCUGUGGAUGCACUACGGCAAUUGGUUCUCGAGCCCCAAGAAGAUCGCCCAAUUCUCGCUCAACGCCCUGCUGUUGCUGGUCGGCCUUGUGCUGUGCGCCCUUGGCCUGUGGAGCUCGGGAGAGGCGAUCGCGCAGGACUCGGGGAGCGACCCCUGGACGUGCAAGAGCAAUGCUGCUAGUUAGAUACCCCGUGUUGUUAGUAAUUAGUUUAUGUGUUUUUUCGUUGUUUCCUGGGCAUAUUCAAAUCAAAUAAAAUCAAAUCAAGC